AUGACGCUCGUCGCAAAGAAGACAAAUCAAAUCGCUACAAUUGGAAGUAGAACUUAUGCGUACACGACACGCACAUGCAUACACAUAUACACAUCGUGUACCGGCUUUGCUUUGGGUUGCAACAACUCCACGCAAAACGCACACACUCGAAAGUACGCGAGUACGCAUACGCGUCAUGCCACGCCACCAUACGAUUUAACACGAGACGAGACGAGACGGAACAAGACGAGACGAAACGAGACGAGACGGGACGAGACGAGACGAGACGAGACGAGACGAGACGAGACGGAACGAGACGAGACGGAACGAGACGAGACGAGACGAGACGAGACGAAACGGGACGAGACGAGACGAAACCAGAUGGGACGGGACGGGAUGAGACGAGACGAGACGAGACGAGAAGACGUAGGACGACCCGGGACAAGACGAAGCGAAACGACACGAUGCGACACAUCACGCACCAGCAAAUGGUGA